AUGCGCAUGCAGUCCCUCGUCUUCCUUAUUACGGCAGUGCUCCUGAUCUUGUCGACGGCGACAGCCGACGACGAGGUGACGACGGAGUUCGUUCCUUUAUACUACACGUGCAGCGAGGAUGGUGGCCGGUACGGAGAAAACAGCACGUACUUGUCUAACCUGAAGGUGCUGGCCGGGUUGCUCUCGGCGAACGCAAGCACAGCCAACUUCGUCUCCGGCACCGCCGGCCAGGCGCCUGACGCGGUCUACGGCUUCGUGCUCUGCCGCGGGGACUACACUGGCGCCACGUGCCGCAACAGCCUCAACAAGGCUUUCCACAACGCCGUUGACAAGGGCUUCCUCUGCCGGUUCUACAAGGACGUCACCAUCUACUACGACGACUACAUGCUCCGCUUCUCCGGCGACGACGUCCGCCGGAACCUCACUAACAGGCCGGCAUGGGUCGCGUUGAACAUGAACAGCGUGACUCGUGUCGCCGGCAAGAAUUACGGUGAGAAAGUCGAGAAGCUGACCAAGAUGAUCGUGGAGGUGGCCGCAAGUUCGCCGGGCCGCUACGGCACGGGGAAGGCGUGGGUGGGAGGCAACGACGUGAGCACGGCUUACGGGCUGCUGCAGUGCACGCCUGACCUCCAGACGGAUGACUGCCGGGGCUGCCUCGCCGAUCUCGUCUCCAUGAUGCCGGCGCACUUCAGUCACGAAUCCAGUGACUACUACGUUGGCGGGAGGAUUCUUGGCCCCCGGUGUAACCUGCGGUACGAGAAAGAGCUUUUCUUCCAGGAGACCAAUGCCACGCUCCUGAUCGAUGUGCCUAAAAAUCACCUCGGCAAAAUGGACAUCAUUCUAAUCACCAUUGCAGCUGUUCUCUCUAUCAUAAUUCUUAUAGCUCUACUCGGAUGGAUCAUACAAUGGAAAGCAGGUAUACAUUAUUAA